CAAAGAAUAACGUGUUGAUCAAGGUGUUUAAGAACGUUUUCAAAUAAGCGUCUUGAACAUGGGAGCAGCCUAUACAAAAGUUUUAAAUUAUCUGUACAUAGUUGACAGUGGUGAGGCGACGACUGAUUCUAAUAUUAAGAAAGCUAAGAUGAAUUACAUGCUGUCGUCAACUCAAAAACCAACUAAGCCUGUACGUUUAACAAUUUUUUGAUUGAAAACCUUUUAAAAGAACCCUUGCUGGAAAACACUUGAACUACAGAAGCUUAACAGAGAACUGAGUAUAAGCAAUCUUAAAGCUGGGGCAAAAUUUAUUCAUGAAUGCAGAUGCAAGCGAGAAAAUAUAGCUGUAAUAAUGGAACCUAACAAUCGUGAAUCGGCAGCUUUUAUUGUUGCUUACUUCUCCAUUCUAACUGGAUUACCUGCUAAAUUUACUCGUAAAGCUGUUAUGAAAUGUAGAGAAAAAUUAGAUAUUACUAGUGAAUAUGACUCUAUCAUUGAAUCAAUGCAAAACUCAGCUACAGCAAAACAAUUACGUGAUGAUUUAUUCCGCGAUACAUCUGGUUACACGGAAGAUAAAUUAAUUGAAGAUUUACGCAGAAUUUAUCAAUUAGCUGAAUUGGAUGCACCGACAUCAUCAGAAAUUCAAUUAGAAACAAGACGUGACAGUAUGAAGCUGGAAUCAUCAACUACACAAAAUAAUUCAUUAAAUCAAUUGUUUCGACGUUUAUCAACGGAUACAAAUAAACAAGAUGUCACUGGUAGUGGUAGUAGUAGUAGUUCAUCCAAUCAACGUGAUUAUAAAACACCAGACAUAAUCAUACAAGAUGAUGAUGAUGAUAGAAAUAAGAAACAAGAUCUAGUAAGUUCUCCGUCAUCAACUAGCCCUCAACAUCCCCACCAUGAUCAUUCUAAUUCUCCAUUCACAACUAAUCAACCGGACAAAAUCGAUAAUCGAGUUGGCAAUGAUACCAAUCAAACACAAUCAAUCGAUAAUGCACAUAAUACUGAUCUGAACAGUGCACACAAUAAAAUGCAUUCUUCAUCUAACAUUGAUCAUCAGCAUCAUCAUCAUGAUAGUAUGCAGAAAUCGAAAUUCUCCAAAGUCACCAUCACCUAUGCUCCAUCACGUGAAUCAGUUGAAUCGGAUGCUGUCGAUGAAUAUUUAAGAAGUACCAGUGCUGAAGAACGUGACAAAGUGCGAAAACGUGUAGCGAUUACACAUGCUCAUGUUAAAAAGACGGAUGAUGAUAAUGAUUAUUUGUAAGUUCGAAUUUGAUUCAAUGAAUCAAUGGAGGAGUAGAUGUUGAACAUUUAACAAACGAAAAUAUAUAAUAUAUAUAUAUAUACAUAUCAUGGUAUGUAAUUGAUAGAAAGUUGUUUUUCUUUUCUUUUUUUUGAACAGUCAUGUUGUUAAUAUUGAUUACUUACAAUUACACUAUCAUUUUUGUCAUGAACUAAUUGAAUUUCUAUCUUUUCAUACAAUAUUUACGAUUAUUAUUAUUAUUAUUGUUAUUAUUAUUAUUAUUACUUAUUGCGAUUAUGAAUAAUGAAAAUUUAUUUUAAAAUUAAAUAACUUCUUCUAUUGAACAAUUGAACAAUUUGUUUAAAUUUGUUUAAAUUUUCCGAAUGUUUUGUUGUGGUACAUUCUUCUUUUUUUUUCAAACAAAAGAAAACAUCAUAUCUUUAAUUCUGAAAUUUUGUUUACUCUGAUUUUAUGAUAAUUAUUGGAUAUAUCUUUUUUUUUAAAAAAAAAUAUUUUAAUAUUAAUAGAACAAUGAAAUAAUUUAAGAGUUAAAUGUUCUUAAUUUUAAAGAAACUAUUAUGAAUUGUAUGAG